AUGGCCCCGGGGAGCUGCGGCCCCUUCCAGAGCCAAGGGGACAUCGCGGGGGUCCCGUGGCACGGGGACAUCGCGGGGGUCCCGGCCGGACCCCUGUCCCGCAGGAGGCCGGGGUGGCGGUGGCUGUGCGGAGGCGUGAGGGGAGGCGCGGAGGGGGAGCAGCGCGGCCCUCACGACACAUCAAAGGGGCCGCGCGGCCGCCGGGGGAGGCUGGGCGGCCUUGCCGCCGCCCGCCGGUACGGGGGACUCGUACCGAGCGCUUUCUCGCCUGCGCGGGGCGGGGCCCUCGGUGGGCGUGGUUCGCGGCCGCCCCUCCGUCAGACACAAGCUGCCAUUGUGACGUUACGCCAAAGCCGCCCAAUCAGCGCCCGCCGGCCGGGGCCCCACGUGGGCGCAGCGCCCUCCGAUUGGCUGGCGGCGGCGAGGCCGCCCGGGUUUUGUCCCCCGCCCGCCGCCCCGCUCCGCCCGGGCGCUGUGGCGGCACCGCGUGCUCGGGCGCCGCUGCCCCGCUCCGCGCCCGCUCCGCGAUGGCUCCCGGAGUUACGGCGAUCCCGGCUGGACGCAGCUGAACGGCCGCCCCCGGGCGGGGGACCCGCUCGCACCUCGCAUGUCCGCGGCGCCCGGGAAGUCGGAUGUUUCUCGGCCUCUCCGGGAGCGCUCCGAGGCCGGCGGGCAGCAGCGGCAGCUCCGCACGUCGCGAUCGCCGUAGCGAGGCUCGGCGCGGCUGCUUCCAGUGACCGCGCCCCAGCCCGGCCAUGUACCCCCAGGGCCGGCACCCGGCUCCGCACCAGCCGGGCCAACCGGGCUUCAAAUUCACCGUGGCCGAGUCCUGCGACAGGAUCAAGGACGAGUUCCAGUUCCUGCAGGCCCAGUACCACAGCCUCAAAGUGGAGUAUGACAAGCUGGCGAACGAGAAGACCGAAAUGCAGCGCCAUUACGUUAUG